UUCCGUGGGCUCCAGCCAGAACCACUCCUUUUCGUGCCGACGCGGCGGAAGAUCGAAUCGGCCGAACGGCGAUGGCGACGACUCCGCCGCCGCCGCCGCUUCCUCUCCUCCUCCUCCUCCCUCUGCUGCUGCUGGCCUCCUCCUCUGCCACCGCCGCCGCCGCGGGCGAGGAGUUCCCGCGCGACGGGAAGGUGAUAGACCUGGACGACAGCAACUUCGAGGCGGCGCUGAGCUCCAUCGACUUCCUCUUCGUCGACUUCUACGCGCCGUGGUGCGGCCACUGCAAGCGCCUCGCCCCCGAGCUAGAUGAAGCUGCACCGGUGUUGGCGGGACUGAGCGAGCCCAUCAUGGUUGCCAAAGUUAAUGCCGACAAGUACAGGAAACUUGGAUCGAAAUACGGAGUGGAUGGCUUCCCUACUCUAAUGCUCUUUAUCCAUGGGGUCCCUAUUGAGUACACUGGUUCAAGGAAAGCUGAUUUACUCGUCCGCAAUCUUAAGAAGUUUGUUGCACCUGAUGUUUCUAUUCUAGAGUCAGAUACUGCAAUCAAGAGCUUCGUUGAAAAUGCUGGCACGAGCUUUCCGUUGUUCAUCGGUUUUGGGGUCAAUGAGUCAUUGAUUGCUGAAUAUGGAGGCAAAUACAAGAAAAGAGCAUGGUUUGCCGCCGCAAAAGAUUUUUCUAAGGACUUAAUGGCUACAUAUGAUUUUAAUAAGGCUCCGGCACUGGUUGCAGUUCAUCCAAAGUAUAAAGAACAACAUGUAUUCUAUGGCCCAUUUGAAGGACAUUUCCUAGAAGAUUUUAUAAAGCAAUCACUGCUGCCUUUGACUGUCCCCAUCAACACCGAGACACUGAAACUGUUGGAUGAUGAUGACAGAAAAGUUGUUCUCGCAAUUCUGGAGGAUGACUCAGAUGAAAAUUCUACCCAGCUGGUAAAAGUGUUGAGGUCUGCUGCCAAUGCGAAUCGUGACUUGGUGUUUGGAUAUGUUGGAGUCAAACAAUGGGAGGAGUUUGUGGAGACUUUUGAUGUUUCCAAGAGCUCACAAUUGCCAAAGCUAAUAGUGUGGGACAGAAAUGAAGAGUAUGAACAAGUGGAAGGUUCAGAAAGGUUAGAAGAAGGUGACCAAGCAUCCCAAAUAAGCCGAUUCCUUGAGGGAUACAGAGCAGGAAGAACAACAAAGAAGCAAGUCACCGGCCCAUCCUUCAUGGGUUUCAUGCAUUCUCUUGUCAGCAUGAACUCGUUGUACAUUCUUAUGUUUGUUGUUGCUCUUCUCGGUGUCAUGCUAUACUUUGCCGGCCAAGAUGAUACUCCUCAGCCAAGACGAGAUCAUGCCGAGUGACGGAAGCUGGGUUAGCUUCUUGCAACAAAAGAAGGUUAGCUACUAGGAGGUAUAUUGCACACUUUCAACAGUUGUUAAGCCCUGAAGAGGUGGGGUUUCAGCGGAUAUUCAUCGUACCUCUGUCAGCGAUGCAGUCAUCAGUUCCUGUAUUUUCCACCCAGGUUUUUUUUUGUUGGUUAGGUCUUAGAAACUAGCUGUUUCACGUGUGAGCUAAAAACUCUGCCUAAUUUUGACACUUGUAUGGAGAUGUUUUUUUAUUUGUUUGUUUAUUAUUGUGAGGGUUGUAUGGUGUGUGGAAAUGAUCUGCCAUGGUAGUCGGGCGAACUUCUGUACAAUUGAUAUGGCAUUAAUAAUGUGUGAAUUAUGAUAUUA